AUGAGCUCCCGUGGCUUAGCUCUGGCACCUCCAGCCAAGAACGUCGUGGUGUAUCGCAACGGUGACCCCUUCUUCCCUGGGAGGAAGUUUGUGGUGAACCAGCGGCGGUUCCUGACCUUCGAGGCGUUUCUGAACGAGGUGACCACGAGCAUUCGUGCACCCUUGGCUGUGAGGAACCUCUACACGCCCAGGCACGGCCGCCGCGUCGCUGAGCUGGGGGACCUGCAGGAUGGGUGCCAGUAUGUGGCUGCGGGCUUUGAAAAGUUCAAAAGGCUCGACUACUUAAAUCCUGGAAGGAAGGUGCAACGUGGGAUGAGGAACAGCCAGGGUCUGCAGUUCCGCACUGCAGCUCCCUGGAAGUCGGACGUCUUGGCGCGACGGCAGAAGCAUGCCCACCUGCCCUGCGUGAUACAUGUUUUCCGGAAUGGGGAUUUGCUGAGCCCUCCCUUCCCACUGCCACUCUCCGAGAGCACUCCGCUGCAGUGGGACGUGCUCCUGGGCACACUGACAAAGAAAGCUGGCCUGCGCAGCGGAGCUGUUCACAAGCUCUGCAGGCUGGAUGGAACCCGGGUGUCUGGCGGAGAGGAGGUGGCGAGCGGCGGUUACUACGUGGCGGUGGGAAAUGAGGAGUACAAAAAACUGCCUUACUUGGAGCUGCUGGUGCCCCGGGAUUCUGCGUGCAGGACGCUGCGGAACCGCCCGAACAGCAGGCGCAAAAAGCACCGCAGAGGGGUAGGUGGCUCGGCUGGCACGGGACUGGAAGAGAGUGUCUAUAAAGCCAGAGAUCCCAGGAAGGAGAUGCGAGGUGCCCAGGAAACAAAAGAGGAUGAACGCACAAGGGUGGAUGUCCCCAUUGACCAGGUAUGA